AUGGCUAAGGCAAAAGCAAAUACCACCAUGAUCAAAAUGGUGUCUACUGCAUUAACUGGAUAUGAAAAAUGGUUUAGGAUACCCAGAAGUGCUAGGAAGUUGAACUUGAUUUUAUAUGAUCCAAGAGCUCAAAGACAUUGUCUAUUUAAAGAAGAUAGAAAGAGGAAAAUUGCAGAAUUACCACCCAAGGAUUAUGCUAGAAGACAUCGCUAA